UAACCAUAACUAGAGCCGCUGGUUCAGGCGUAGACGUGCUACGGGACACUUCUGUGGAGGUUGGUCCCAAAAUCCCAGGACGAACUAACAGCUCUGAUGGAGUUUGUUUGAUUGUCUGGUUAUAAUCACAGACAGUAAGUCUGUCAGAUUUAAGACGUGCAGAACAACACAACAGUAACCCAAAGACUCCAGUGGAGAUCCCAGCCACACAAACAUCUGCACAAAGCCUCUCGAGUGCUCAGAGUGUGGACGUCCCAGUAAGUUGAGGCUUAGGACAUGAUGUGUUUCUGCUUCCUGCUGCUGCUGGUUCACUUCUCUCAGGCUCAGUCUGGUCUGGACUCAGAGAGCACAGACACAGUGAUGGCUCCACAGUGGGUACAGCCAGAAAUGAAGAAGCUCUAUGCUGUGCCUGUCUCCAACACAAUAAAAAUGCAAUGCAAAGCAACAGGACACCCGCUUCCCACAAUACAAUGGUACAAGAACGGGAAACUGUUCAGGAGGGAUCACAGAAUCGGAGGCUUUAAGAUCAGAGAACACACAGGGACUCUAAUAAUUACGUUAUUGGUUCCCUCAGAUAAAGGAAACUACACCUGUGUGGUGGAGAAUAAAUAUGGGCGCCUCCAACACACCUACCAGCUGGAUGUAUUUGAGCGCUCUCCUCACAGGCCCAUCCUGCAGGAAGGGCUGCCAGCCAACCAGACGGCAGCUGUUGGCAGUGACGUGGAGUUCGUGUGCCGCGUCUUCAGCAACUCACAACCUCACAUUCAGUGGCUCAAACACAUCAUCAUCAACAACAGCAACGUGGGACCGGACGGGCUGCCCUAUGUUCGUGUUCUUAAAACUGCUGGUUUGAACACCACAGACAAAGAAAUGGAGGUGUUGACUCUGAGGAACAUAACCCUGGAUGAUGCUGGAGAGUACACCUGUCUGGCUGGAAACUCUUUUGGGAUUUCCCACAGUUCUGCAUGGCUCACUGUCUAUGAUGCAUCACUGCCACCACAGUGGGUGAGGCCGGACAAGAGACGCAUCUACAGAGUUCCUGUCGGGAAGACGGUGAAAUUUCACUGCCAAGCAACAGGAAACCCGCUUCCUGCCCUGCGAUGGUACAAGAACGGAGAAGAGAUCAGAGACCACACAUGGACUCUAAUAAAGGAGUCAGUGGCUCCCUCUGAUGAAGGGAACUACACCUGUGUGGUGCAGAAUGGACACGGGACCCUCCAACACACCUAUCAGCUGAAUGUAAUUGAGCGUUCUCCUCAAAAGCCAGACCUGCAUGCUGGGCUGCAGGCUAACCGGAUCGCUGUUGUUGGUAGUGAUGUGGAGUUUGUGUGCGCAGUGAUGGGUGACCCACAGCCUUACAUACGGUGGUUCAAACACAUCGUGAUCAAUGGCAGCAAAGAAGACAUAGACGUAUUUCCCUUUGUUCGUCCUCCCAAAGAUGAGUAUCUGAAUACGAUGGAUUAUGAGGUAGAAUCGCUGCUGACUCUGAGAAACGUAACUCUGGCUGAUGCUGGAGAGUACACCUGCCUGGCAAGCAACUCUGAAGGAGUCUCUCGUCACACUGUAUGGCUCAUAGUGAUCGAUGAAGCAUCUCUGCGGCUCCUCCAGAGGUCUUCUCCAGUCCACUGCUCUUCAGCCCACACAUGUCAGCACUGGACCUAGUUUAUGUCAGCGGUCCUCUCAGUUCUGUUAAAAAGUCUGUUGUGUGUCUUCAGUUCUGGUGGUGGAUGUUCAGAGUUUCAGAUGAUAAUCUCAGCACAGUCAUCCAUGUGAGCCCAAAGUUCAGACAGUUGCAGUCAUUGCUGCAGUUUUCAGACUUCACCUGAGCGUUGAAGCCUCCUGCUGGCUCAUGUGUAGCUGCUGGCGGAUGGAUGGAGGUUUGUGCUUCGCUGAUCUGGAUUCUGCAGCUCUUCUCUGACUACAUUUGACCUCUUUCACAUUGGCUCCUUUAUGUGUAAUGACAUGUGUUAUAAGAAUAAAUCUUUCAUUUGAUACUUCA